AUGGGUCGGAAGUUGGAUCCCACCAACAAGGUGAAGAGAGGGCCGGGGAAAAAAUCCAGGAAGCAGCAAGGAGCAGAGACUGAGUUGGCCAAGUUUAUAACUGAUGAGGAAACUGAAUCAAAACGUCUGUCGAGGAGAGGCAGGCAAAGAGCUGCAAAAAGAGUCCAGAAUCUGAAAAAGCCGAAAGGCGCUGCUGAGGAAAAGCCCAAGAAAGGAUUCACUGAUGAGAACAGCAAAUGGUUGAAACCAGCGAAGAGGAAGCGCAAACUUGAAGAAGCUGAAAGUAAGGAUGACAGUGAUGAACACUGGGAGGAAGAGGAAGACGAGGAGGAGGAGGAAGAGCAGCAGCAGCCACAGAAGGGAGGAAAAGUCCAAGGAAAGAAGGGUGCCAAAGUAGAAAUGAAAGAAGUGGAAGAGGACGACGAUGAUGAGGAAGACGACGAAAAUGAUGAUGACGACGAUGAAAUGGUUGAUGACUAUGGUGCACUUGAUGAAGAGAGUAGUGAGAAAGCAGCGGAAGAAGAAAGUGAUGAAGAGGAACUUCUUCCCAUUGAGCGUGCAGCCAAGAAGGAGAAGAAGCUGAAGGAAACCAUGGGUCUAGAAAGUGAUGAAGAUGACGACGAUGAUGAGGAAGAUGACAAAGAUGAAGACGAUGAUGAUGAGGAACAGAAAUCAGAUGCUGACAUGGAUGAGGAAGACACAGUACAAGCAAACAUAGAUGAGAUGGAUACGUUUAGGCUACCUGGUGCGGAGGAAGCUGAGAAGGAAGGUGUUCUGCCUCUGGACCUGAAGACAAUCUAUCAGAGAAUAAAAGACAACAUUGAUGUCCUUUGUAAUUUCUCAACAAAAAGAGAGGAGGGGAAAGAGAGAGCAGAGUACAUCUCUCUUCUGAAGAAGGAUCUCUGUACUUAUUACAGCUACAACAUUUUCCUCAUCGAGAAAUUAAUGGACAUCUUCCCUCUCUCAGAGCUGGUUGAUUUCCUCGAGGCCAAUGAAAUUCACAGACCUGUCACUAUUCGGACGAACACACUGAAAACAAGGAGGAGGGAUCUUGCACAGGCCCUGAUCAACAGAGGAGUGAACCUUGAUCCGCUGGGGAAAUGGUCUAAAGUGGGUUUGGUCAUCUAUGACUCCUCAGUACCUGUAGGUGCAACCCCAGAGUAUCUCUCUGGUCAGUACAUGCUGCAAGGAGCCUCCAGUUUUCUUCCUGUCAUGGCGCUCUCUCCACAGGAGGGAGAGUUGGUGUUAGAUAUGAGCUCAGCUCCAGGAGGCAAGACCACCUAUAUUGCUCAGCUGAUGAGAAACACGGGGAUGAUCGUGGCCAAUGACGCCAACGCUGACAGGUUGAAGAGUGUGGUGGGCAACAUCCACCGUCUGGGGGUCACCAACACUGUUGUUUGUAACUACGAUGGAAGGCAGUUCCCAAAGGUGAUGGGUGGGUUCGAUAGAGUGCUGCUCGAUGCUCCAUGCUCAGGAACUGGAGUCAUCGCUAAAGAUCCAGCUGUGAAGACCAGUAAGGACGAGGCCGACAUCCAGCGCUCCGCUCACUUACAGAAAGAACUGAUUCUAUCUGCCAUCGACUCUGUGAAUGCUGAGUCCCCUACGGGAGGAUAUCUGGUCUACUGCACAUGUUCAAUAAUGGUGGAGGAGAAUGAAUGGGUGGUGGACUACGCUUUGAAGAAAAGGAACGUCAAAUUAGUUCCCACUGGACUUGACUUUGGCAAAGAAGGCUUCACCAGAUUCAGAGAACGUAGAUUCCAUCCAACUCUGCGACUGUCUCGCCGAUUUUACCCUCAUUCCCACAAUAUGGAUGGGUUUUUUGUGGCCAAGCUGAAGAAAUUCUCCAAUGUAAUUCCUACUGCACCCACAGGAAAAGAGGAAGAAAGCGCAGAUGCUCCCGAGGCGACGGCUGUUCCAGACUCUCCUGAAGAGAAACCAUCCAAAAGUGACAAGGCUAAGAAGAGUGUCCCCGGCUUCAAGGGGAAAACCCAAGCCAAUGGAACAGCAAACAUCAAGCCAAAAGGCAAAAAGGACUCACCUACUGGACCAAAAAAGGCAAAGGUGGCCAAGAUGGACGGAGAGACUGUGAAAGUGAAGACAGCUGAUGAAAUGAAAGCAUCAAAGGCUGACAAAAAGGACAAGAGCAGAUUUGAGAAGAAGCAGGGCAAAAAGAGAACAACACCCAUGAAAGCAAAGAAGAGGAUCGGAAAGAAUAAAUUCAAAAAGUUGAAGCACAUGUUGGAAAAACAAGAAAAAGAAUGAGGUGUGUACAGUGUGACAAAUUGUACGACAUAAUGUAAGAGCUUUGUAGAGCUUCUUCACAAACCCAGAUCAGCUAACAAGUGAGCAGCUGUACUGUGUGUCAGUCGGAUAUGGUUGUAAUAACUGUGUACAAAUGAAUCAGACUGGUCAAAGAUGUUCUCACUUAAGUUGGGUCCCCUGUUUUUUAUUUGUAUUACUGAAUAUUCAUUAUGUUUGUCUGUUGAUUUAAUUGAAGUGUGGGACAAUUUCCAUUAAUCUGUGAAACAUAAUAAAUCUUUUAAGAUGUCUUGUCA